CGGACCAUGGGGAGCAGGGGGAAAACUUUUUAUACUGACAUGUCAGCGCAAUGACUUUUUGAGUAACAUCUAACUGGGACGAGGCUCCCGGCGUGAGGAGGGCAGGGUCCUUUGCGGGAAGAAAAAGGAGCACUUGACAUCUGCCUGGGAACGAAAAGCAGAGUUGAGAGCAGUCCAAGAAUCAGCGGUGGAAAAUCCAGUUUAGCCAUUUGAAUUGAAAGAUGAGCUUGUUGUCUGCCAUAGACACGAGUGCCUCUGUGUACCAGCCAGCGCAACUUCUCAACUGGGUCUAUCUUUCCUUACAAGACCCCCACCAGACCAGCGCUUUUGACGCGUUUAGACCCGAACCCAACUCUUCCCACCCGGAUCUCAGUUUCAGCAAGACUCCCGCAGCGGCGGACUUGAGCUCUUCCCUGAACUCCAACUAUCUCAACAACUUCUUUCAGCUGCAGCGCAAUGAGGCCUUAAACAACAACGUGUAUAAGAAUGUGUCACCCUAUGGCUCCUUGAACAACAUCGUGGAUGGACUCAACUCUCUGACGGACCAUUUCUCAGACCUUUCCCUUUCUUCAGAGCCAAGAAAGCCCAACAAGAGACCCCCACCCAAUUACUUAUGCCACUUGUGCUUCAACAAGGGCCAUUACAUCAAAGACUGCCCUCAGGCUAGACCUAAAGGAGAAGGUCUGACACCCUACCAGGGGAAGAAGAGAUGUUUUGGAGAGUACAAGUGCCCCAAGUGUAAGAGGAAGUGGAUGAGUGGCAACUCGUGGGCCAACAUGGGACAAGAAUGUAUCAAAUGCCACAUCAACGUCUAUCCGCACAAACAGCGCCCUUUAGAGAAGCCAGAUGGCCUGGAUGUUUCUGACCAGAGUAAGGAGCACCCACAACACCUAUGCGAGAAAUGCAAAGUCCUGGGCUACUACUGCCGUCGUGUGCAAUAAUCAUCUUUAUUGUUGUCAGAGAGCAACGUUUGUGUCUCAAGUUCUACCGCUCAUCCUCCAUCAAGGCUGUUAACUUCACCAGACCUCCCCUCCCUGCCCUCAAGGUUUCCUUCAUCCCUGCCUUGCACACAACACGGCAUCCUUUCCUCCUCACGUCCUCCCCCUGUUCUUUCCCAGACGCCUGAGAUAUAGACGGUAGCUCUAAUCCUCCCUUCUUUCUGACGCUUUCCUUCUCUACCACAGCAAAUAAACCUGUCUCUCUUUCCAGCCACGUGUGGGACACCGAUUUCAAUCGUUACGCUUUCUUUUUCUACGACAGUAUUGACAAUUACAUUCAGGAAUGAGAGGAACACGUUAACUUAAGAUCAAUCUCUAUCUCUCCAAGUGGUCUUCAUCAAACCAUAAUCAGUGACUUUUUUUAAUGCCUUGAGUACAAGAAACCACAUAACCCCAUUCAUCCAGCUCGAUGUGUGACAACAGCUUAUCAUUGCAUCGAUGAAUUAGCACUAGGCAUGUCUUUCAGCGAUGCCACUGACAGUAUUGGUUUCAAUAGAUUACCUCACUUUGGGGUUUGUUGGCUUUGUGUUUACAGAGAUCUGCCUUCCAUUUCCCUGCCAAGUGAAGUGUGUGGUAAUGUGAUGAACGUUUAACACGGGCCUCUCAUGAUGGUAUAAUGUAUAUGAGGCCUUUGAUGUUUUGCCGUAUUAGGGUCUGUUGACCUGAUCUACCCACAUCUUAUUAACUGUGAAUUAACUGAGGGAUAAUGUGCCAUACAUCCCUAGCUUACAUUUGGCCUAUUUAUUUUCUUGUUGUCUAGUGUGCAAUUUGAAUUUUAACUGGGACAUAAAGAAAUGUUUUUUGUAUGUUUGUAUGUCACAUUAUUGUGUAACUGCUUCCACGUGUCUUUAGAAACUACUGUAGGUUCAGCAUAGCAUCGCUCCUUGUCUACAUUUAGUGCAUUGCUAACAGAUAUGUUUUCAUUCACCCUCCCAAUAGUAUUUUUGUUGCCACCCAAAUUAACAAUUUUCUAUAGUGUUACGCCACAUAGGUAAGAUGUUUUAAUUGCAAGCAGGUCAACUGAAAAGUAGCAGUAGGAAGAGAGCAGUAGCUUCAGGACGUUUCCGUUUUUUUACUGGCCGGUGUUGCACGUAGAAUAUUUUCGAAGCAAUUGAAAAAAUUAACUGCUUGCCAUAAUUCGAUUAGCAAUGUGAAACAUAACUUUCCCUGUUCAUAUGUAAAAGCCUGAUUAGAUUUUAAGCACAAAUUAGUAAAAUACAAAGGAAACGUCUGUUUAAGAAAGAUUCAGCGAGACAUUUGAGUUCACAUUUUUAGUGCCAAUUGAUGUCUGGCAGUCUUAGUGAAGCUAAAUCUAAACUUUUCUAAGGUCAUGCACCCUUCAAAACUAUGUCCAACAGCUGAUUGCAGUAUAGAGAAUGUCCAGAGGGAGGUAAAGGUUGGUGGAACGGCAGCAAUUUUCAGGUUGGUUGAGAGAAUUAAAAAAGGGCAGAUUUUUGAUGUGGUCAUUCUGGUGACGCAAGGAUAUACAGGAAGUGAUGAUGAAUUAAGUUUACACUUAUAUUCAUUUUAUGGGGCCUACUAUUGUAAACCAAUGUCUUUAAAGGAAGAGUAGUACACAUCCUGUUCUCUUUAUCCUGUUUACAUAUAUCAAAGUGCAGACUUAUAGUACUACAGAGGAAAUUGUCGUUUUGACUAAUACAAACCUGCCUUUCAAGGAACAUUGUUAUAGGAAUUGUGAAAUAUUUUUAUAUGUACUGUAUUUUUAGCCUUACAAAAGCUGGUUGACUAUAUUUUAUACUGUAACAUACUAUAUGUGCCUUAAAAAGAUUUAAAAUCACUCUGAAGUAUACAGAUAAAGACUAGGCGGCCAUUUAAAAUUAGGGAAAGACUUGAGGGGGUAGGCUCAAAGUUGGAGCAGAAUAUUUGCAUGUGGUAACUGUGAUGCAUAGUAAGUUUGUUGCAGGUUCAAGAUGUGGCAAAGGACAAGAAAUUACAUAGUUCAUCUAUUAGUUUGAAAUGGCACGGUGGGUGUUCGUUUCAACAAUUUGCUGAGUUGGAGGCAUGGGCUGAACCAACGUUUCCAGCUGGCAAUAACAAUCCUACUGUGGUCUUGUUGUCAUGGAAUAUCAACAAAGAUGUUAUUUCUUAGUCGAUCCUCACAACAGAAUGGAGCCUCACUCUUUGUUUUCUUAAUCUAUUGUAGUUAUGUUUAUCUAAGGAACCAUGGGUUUUUGUCUAAAAUAUACAUAGUAACUUGCCUUAGUGGGAGAGUUUGCAGUGGCCGAUAAUGGUACCUUACAGUUUUGGGAAAUUAUCAUUUAGGUAGAUUCCAUCUGUGAAAUUAAAGGGGCACUCCAGUGACUGCAGUUCUACAAAGUUAAAAUUUUGAAAAUUGAUGCAACAGAUGCUGAGAUAUCCUGACAUUUAUUCCCUAAGUAUGGGUCAACUACCAAAAAUGCAGGAUCCUACAUUUCCCAUUAUGGAACUCAAUAGCAUCUUUCACAAAGGUGCGGUCACACAAUGUUUCCGGUCACUGAAUAUUCACUCUGUUUCUCCACUUCUGUUGAAGCCCGUCCGAUCAAAACAUUCAAGCAUCCACUUCCAGUUUCGUUGUUGUGUUGAAUGUCCAGAAGGUUGCGGUGGUUUCACAGGUCACAGUCCACCUUUCAGUUUUGUUCAGCUUUGAUGCAGCAGAUGUGCUUAUUCAGCCAAUAGAAACAAAGCUGCAUUGUGAAAAUCGACAUUAUUAUUCUUGUGUUUCAUCACCGUUUUUAAUAAGUUAUCACACUACAGGACUACAAACUGUAGCAUCACUCUCAUACACUGUUCACAGUUUGUGAUUGCUUCGAUCAAUAGUUAUUUAUUACCCACAUCACAAAUGUGGCAUCACAACCUUUUUCUGAGCAGAGUGCGGAGAACUUGAGGAGGACAGGCACUGACCAAACAUUGGUCAGAUUUGCCAUAUUUUUCAAACUACAACCCAGUUUGCAGUGCAGGCUUUUUGUUAAAACUGUCUGCAAGCCUCAGUUGAGAUAACCCUAAUGUCAUCAUUAUGACAUCAGCAUCAGUCUGUUUUCUCAGACUUGAAACAGCAUCUCCAGAGUCACAGAAGACACUAUAAAACUAUUUUCACAAGCAAAGUACCACUCCCCAUGAUAAGUAAACUGAACUUCAUGUGUAAAAUUGUUGGGAGUGCCCCUUUAAAAAGAUGGAAUUGACAGUAGAGUGUCUAUACUGAAACAACUAAAUUCUCAUUUUAGCCUGUUGCUGUUGGGAACAAUCCAUUUUUCUUACUGUAACAUUGUCUAUCUUUUGCUUUAUGCGAUGACACUAACCUAACAGUUCUUUACAUCUGAACCACAUGUCCACAUUAUACCUACAUGUGGCUGUAGUGAGAGGAAUAGAUACCAAUAUUGCCUUAAGAGCUCACCUCAUUAACAAGUAACAAUGUUUUUGUAAUUAACAGACUUCUGGCAGACUAGAAAGGAGAAAUAGGUAGUGAGAAAUCUUGUUUGAAGGUAAUGAUUCCGCCCAGAGACAUGUUACGAGGAGGCCAUUUUAAAUGGCAGAAAUCAAGAGCCAAUGGAAGCAGUUGAUACAAUACAUUUGAAGAAAAAAAAAGAGAAAUCUCUGCUUUCAGACGUACAGUAGUGUCUUGAAUUACAUAUACUUGACUUUUCUAGUACCUUUUCAGUUCAAAUUUGUUAUUUUCUAUGAAUAAGAUGUGUAUUUUGGAACACUUAAUAGAUGUUGAAAAUUUUAAAGCAAUCUGCAAAAAACUCAAGAGUUAUUUCCCUUACAAAGAUAUUUACAAAUGACUGUUUUAUGUAUAUAUUUGAUGGCCAUCAUUUUCAAGGAUAGUAGCUCUUUUGAAGUGUUAUGCAAUAUUGAAGCUUUUUUGUGUGAAGAAGGGCCUAUUGCUGAGAAAUAAACAAAGCUGGGAGUUUUUUCUUUUCUUUGAUGUUUUACGAUAAACUGAAGGGUUAUCCUGCAGAAAUAUUUAUGGAAAGAGUUUUUUUUUUUACAACACUUUUUGUAUAGAAUAUGCAACAAAGUUACAUUAAGAAGGAAAUAUUGAUGUCUACAUAGAAUAUUAUUAAAAAAAAGCAGGUACAUAAUUAAUACCCUUUCUCAAUUAUAAGCCAUUGUAUUUUUGUGUUUUGUUUUAUGAUGUUAUCAGUGUUGAAUAACCCACAAUGUUAUUUGGUCACUAUAUGUUACUAAUGAUGAGCUGCCAUUUACAUCUAUACAGUCACAUGUAUUCAUUUUGUAAACAGUAACUACAAUAUUAUGAAGAUAUAAUGUGUUAACAUGCAGAAUCCUUUUUUUCCUAAAUUAGUGACGGAUACUCACCACUGUAUAAGCACGUUAAACUGUGAGAUGUAGUUUGCUUAAAGCAGCGAUGACAAGAAACUAUUAUAAAAUGUUACAGUGUUAUUAGUAGUUUAGGGAGUGUAUACUUUGUUCAAGAAAGCGUGUGUGACAAAUAACUAUUUUAGAGUUUGCAUGUGCAUGUGUUUGGUUCUGAAUGAAAUAUUAUUUUGUGCAAUUGUAUACUUAUUUAAGUACUUUACAGUAGUUUGCUACAGUACAUAUUGUUUUUAACAUUUUCAGUAACCACUGAUGGUUAUUAGUCACGAAGUAUUUCAUUUACCGCUAGUGUAGCCUCUAUGAAUACCGUAAUGCAUAUUUACUGAAUGUAAUGUGUUAACACUUAUGUGGUCAAUUUGGAAAGUUGUGUUUGUAUUCUUUACUGUCUGUAUCACUUUGAAAUGUUUGUAAUGCAAUAUUGCAAUAAUGUAAUAUUUGAAUUGGACAGAACACAGGCGUGAGGUUGGGAAGACAACGAUUUUGGGAAACAAGGACAGUCAUGGUUUCGAGAGUUAGACCACAGGUCUGUUUUUCAUGUCCAUGAAAACGGCAUUCCAAAAUGUGCCUUAUUUGUUAGUUGGGAAAACAUUUUAGUGCUUUAGUGCUGUCAAGAGUUUGAUGAAUAAAAGUCAUACUGAAUUAGGA